AUGUCAUCAGUUGAGCCGCGAAAUUCGAAACCCAAAACUCUAGCGACCGAAGCACCAUCUCGAGAACCUCAAGCCAAAGGCUCGACCAACCCCUUUUUCGAGCCUCAAAAUGUAUUGCUUUUCCUCCUGGCGAUUCGGCUCCUCAAUGCAUUGACUCUCCAUACGUUCUUCCAACCCGACGAAUAUUUCCAAGCAUUGGAACCAGCGUGGAAGCUGGCCUUUGGAGAAGACACUGGGGCAUGGAUAACUUGGGAAUGGAGAGAACACCUGCGCUCUGCUAUACACCCAGCAAUCUUCUCCCUGGCCUAUAAAGCUGCGGAUGCCCUCGCUGCGUUACUCAGUGUGGACGGGGCCCGAAAGGGGGAGGUCCUGCUCGCCGCUCCUAAGAUCUUGCAAGCGUGCUUCGCCGCUGUUGGUGAUUUCUACACAUGGAAGCUGGCUGGGUAUAUCUACGGGCGGAAGUCGACUUGUGCCUUGACGGCACUGGCGUUGACCGUCAUCAGUCCCUGGCAGUGGUUCACUUCUACACGAACAUUUGCAAACUCGCUCGAGACCACCUUGACUGCCACUGCAUUGUACAACUGGCCGUGGCAUUGGUCUUCUGAAGUUGUCCCUCAGAUUUCAAACGCAGGAAGUCGGACUGGUGGCCUUCGAGUCCGCGGCGAUGAGUUUUCACCACAAGAACCAGUGGACGAAGUCACACGGCUCCGAAGAGCCCUGCUCUGCGCCGCCUUAGCCACAGUUCUCAGACCAACCAACAUUCUCAUCUGGGCCAGCCUGACUUAUUUCGCAUUCAUCCGGCGUCUUGUAACGGUAUCGCUGACCUGGCUUGAGCUUGCUACUUUCGUGAGGGAAACAGCCCUGUGUGGAGGUAUCGUGCUUCUGCUAUCUACAAUUGUCGACCGGAUCUUCUAUGGGGCGUGGGUCUUUCCUCCAUAUCAUUUCUUGCUCGUCAACGUCGUCCAGUCACUAGCGAGCUUUUAUGGGAACAACGAUUGGCAUUACUAUCUCUCCCAGGGGUAUCCGUUGCUUCUCACCACAGCUUUGCCCUUCACCUUCAUCGGCUUCUAUCGGUCAUUCGCGAUUAGAUCGGCGAACUCUCUCCAGCAAAUCACCCUUCGCCUACUCUCUGUCGUCUGCUUGCUAGUGCCGGCAGCCUUCUCCAACAUCGCUCACAAGGAAGUUCGUUUCAUCUAUCCACUUCUCCCUGCUCUUCACGUCAUCUCGGCCGAACCGAUGGCUUCGUUCUUCGAGCCACUUCUUCUGGGCCACGGCCUACAACCAUCGUCCUCGGUACAGAAAAAGCGAGCACCAUCCUCCACUCUUCCCACACGACUCCUCUUCUUCGUCCUCCUAACCAUCAACAUGGGCAUAGCAUACUACACGACUCAAAUCCACAACUCCGGCCUUAUCAGCCUAACCUCCUACCUACGCUCGGAAUUCUCCUCCUCACCGUCUUCCACGACCUCCGGUUCUUCCAUUUCCGCGUCAUCCCGACCACCACCACUGCGAAACAUGACCGUCGGCAUGCUCAUGCCAUGCCACUCGACGCCAUGGCGCUCGCACAUGCAGCAUCCUGCCAUGCAGUCCACACCGGGGAUCCUCGCCUGGGCACUUACCUGCGAGCCACCACUGCGCCUCAACGCCAGUGAGAAAGCAGUCUACCUCGACGAAGCAGACGUCUUCUACGCGGACCCCUCCGCCUGGCUGAAGCGGCACAUGUCGCGCGACACACCGCUCGUGACUCGGCGCGACGGCUCGAGAGGCACGGCCACCUCGUUUGCACCCGGCUUCUUCGCCGAGGACAGCCGUUCAGACCGCAUGGUCCACAUCCCCUCGAACAGCAACAACCACCGCCGAGGCAGAGGCGGAGACGACGCCCAACAGCAUCCAUGGUGGACGACCCGCCACGGCCGCCGCCCGUGGCCGGACUAUCUGGCCUUCUUCGCGCAGCUGGAGCCGACGCUGCAGUCCGCGCUGCGCGGUAGCGGUUACAUGGAAUGCCGCCGCCUCUUCAACAGCCACUGGCACGACGACCGGCGGCGCACUGGGGAUGUUGUUGUAUGGUGUCUCGACGAGAGGAGAGUUGGAGUUGCGCCGGGUUCUGCUUCUGCUUCUGCUUCUGCUUCUGCUUCUGGAGGUGAAAAGUCACCCGCAGGGGCGGUCGAGACAGGGCCAGAGCCAGUGGCGGUGCCAGAACAAGAUUUCCAGGCCAUCGCGCAGCCACGCCUAGAGAGGGUCGUAGAGAAGCCGUUUUGGAAGGUCAGAGAUCCUGCUCCCUGA